UGGUGCUCUUCGGCCUCAUGUGUACCAUGAAGGAAAGUACCCACCUGAACAUAUUCUUGUUCAGCAUCAGCUACGCUUUCUCUUUCAACGGCCUCCACAUCAUGUUCUGCAGCUUCUUCUCGAGGCGCACCUUGGAAAUCAUGAGCCAAGUCUUCUAUACCGUGUUCUACCAGAUGACGGCAGCAGUGAUGUACGCUGGAGCAUCGAUGAUGCUGGUUCGAAAUUCACCUGAGCUGCCUGUUCACGCAGUGGUCGGAAUGGUCACAGGAGGACUUCACUCAAUCAAUUUCUUUGUCGUCGCCUACAACACCUACAUUGCGCAAGGAAACAACUGAUUUCCUUAUAUAAAGUGGAAGCCAUCGCCGUUCUUUAAUACCUACUGUUUUAUUGGUAUUCGUGAAAAUAAAGGGAU